GCAAGUGACCCGCCGUGAGCUCAUGUACAUCACAGCUUCUAUAAAGCACAUGGAACAUUGUCUGGUUCCCUUCCUCAAAGAAUGUGACGCCAAUGAUGACAACAGCAUCACACUACAGGAGUGGGCCAACUGCCUCCGCAUACCACAGGCGGCUUUAGUUGAUCAGUGUAAGCAUUCAAAGUAAAUUGUGAGUGUAAUAAAUGACCAGAAUGUGAAUAGAUAUCACAUGACCACCACGUGAUAAUCAUGUGACCAGCCAUAGACAAAUUUGAUUGGUCAAACAUCAAUGUGUCAUCAAGUUAAUUACAAGAAAUGCCUGGAACGAGAGUUUAACUUCAUUUUUAUAUAUAUCUCCUUUAGUGAAGAGUUUUAGUCAAGGAUUUAUAUUACGUCAUUAAGAUCACUGCUUUUAGUUUAUCCAGAAAACUUUUUUUUUAAAUAGAUGUGCAAGAGUUUGGAAACUUUGCAUGUAGAACGUUUGAUAUAUCUUACAUCUGGUCUGAACUGUUGUAUGAACACUCAUGUGCCAAAUUGUGUGCUAGUCAUAUAUAUGUGUACUAUUAUCUUCUAUAACACUGCUUUAGUUCAUUAGAUCUCAUCAUUUUACACUGAGGAAAUAAAACCAGUCAUGUUUCGGGUCCUUUUAAAUAAAAUACCUAAUUAAAUUGUGGUAAUAACAAAUUAUUUUUACUAUUUUAAACAAAUGAAAGUUUGGAAUUGCACUGCACUUAAAACCAGUCUUUUAGGGGAAAACACAUAAAAUAUAAAUAAGAUAAAGGUAAAUAUCAAUCAAUUUAUGUGAUGGAAAGACUGUGAAUAUUAAUUGAAAAUAUCUUUACAAUUGUAUUUAGUUGUAUUGUUUUGUUUUAAAUGCCGAUUGUAUAAAAUAUAUAAUAUGGACGUUUUUCUUGUAUAACAUAUUGAGUUUUGUUGAGCAUGCAUUUAAUUAAUUGUAUAAUAGGCCAACGUCAUUGACAUGUAAAGUUUGAAUCAAUAUUUAAUAGUAUAUAAUACAGUUAUUUGACACUUUCAUUUUCUGAAAUUCCCAGUAAGAAAUAAAUGUAACAAGAAUAAUUUGAACACUGAAAUUUUACUUUUAACAGGAAAAUUUUCAACAUUUAUAAGAUUAUUUACUAAUCAAAUACGAGACAAGUAUUUCAUUCAAUGUAAUCAAACAAGAUUACAGUUAAACACAUUUUUUUCGUACAUUUUCAUUCUUUUUCUUGAUAUUUUUCAUACUUCGCACAUACAUUGUACACUUAAAUAGAAAGAACAAUUUCAGUAGCUUUAUAAUUAAAGUUUUGGUCUUGUUUGUCUACAUGUAGCAUAUGGCUUAAUUAAUGUCAAUCAGUUUGUGUAUUAUAGGCAAGGGUAACUGUCAGAAUUCUGUAGCUAAAUAAAAAUGUUACAACAACAA